AUGAAUAACUGUGACCUGGAGAAGCUUUCUGUGACUGGGGUAACGCUGGACCCUCCCUUCAAACCUGACACAACAAGAUACCAGGCGAGAGUGCCCAGCCAGGUGACCAGCCUCAGCGUGGACGCCCGGACUAGUGACACAGGAGCCUCCUGGACAUUGCUGGGAGGCAGCGGUUCCAGGGUGGUGACUUUGAAAGAUGGCCUCAAUUCUGUGGUGCUCGAAGUGACUGCUGAAGAUGGAACUGCCAAGAAAUACACUCUAGAAAUCACAAAACUAUCUGCAAGCCAUGCGUCAGUGGAAGGAAUCCGCCUGUCUGAGGAUCUGAAUCUGGCCCCGUCAUUCGCUCCAGAUGUCUUCCAAUAUUCAUGUGCCGUGCCAUAUUUCCACAGCAGUAUUAUCAUUAAGCCCUUAAUCCAGGACAGUCAGAUGAAGGUGACAGUGAAUGGAAGUGAUGACACUAAGCCUGUCCCUAUCGCGGUUGGGGAUACUGUUAUAGAAGUUCUCGUUCUUUCUGCUGAUGGCACCAACACACAGGUUUACAGAAUUAUCGUUACCCGUGCAAUGCUUCCGUUUUUUGUGAAGUUUACAGAUGUUCAGGAGCAGAUGAAAUACGAAUGUCCUAUUUCUUUAGCCACUUUAUACAGACCCAUCUCUAUUAAAGGAAGUGUUCCCAAGCACACAAUAUCAGCACAGUACCUGGAUCUUCUAACAAGACGAUCAAAAACAGAUCCAUUGGACGAGACUGUUCUUAGUGAGAACUGGAGGCUCCCUGAGUAUGAAUUGGAUAUAAAUAUGUCAGCAGCAAACGUCUUCUGCUGUUUUUCAUACCGAGGAUGUGAAGACAUAGUACAGCUGUCUGACUUUGGUAAUCAUGCAAGGAGCUGCCCAUUUAAACCACAGACUGAACUGGAUCCUAAGACUGUAACAGAUGUAGAGUGGUAUAAAGAAGAAUUUUCUAGCAGUAAAUCCUCAGAGCCCCUCCUUAAGCAUACUGUACAGGAGAGAAGUUGGGAGAAGAGGCUUCAGCUUGUCCAUGAUAGUGACUUAGACAAUCUGUACAGAGCCGCAGAAGAACAGAUCCACCUUUAUGAGAAAAAUUUGCCUAAGUCAGGAGAUAUACCCGAUUACAAGGAAGGGACAUCUCCCCUGGAUUACCUUAGCCAGGCUGCAGUUUACUAUGCAUCAGCAAUCAAAUUAAAGCCCAUGGAUGCCAGAUUUCAUUUUCAUCUUGCCACCGUUUUGGAGGAACAGUAUUAUGCAUCAGAAAUCUAUGGCUUAAGGAAAAAAAAUGAAGAAGGGGAACUGGAUAUAAGCAGUGCCAAAGCAACAGGGAAGGAUGAAGAAGUACUAGCCAUCUGUCAGCUGCAUGGCUUUUUAGGAAGACCAAGUAUAGAACAGCAGCUGAAGGCUUUAGACAUGGAAUAUCGUCAACUCAAAGAGCAGGGUCAGUCAGGCAGAGCUGAUUAUAUCCACAAUCUCUAUGCCUGGAAAUCAAAACAGGCUGGUAAGACCAGCGCCUUCUCCCUGGGCGAGGAGAGUCCAGCGGGACAGGCGUUCCUGAAGUAUAAAGAUGCCCUUUCUCUGGACCCCAAUGACUGGCGAUACAAUUUUCACGUAGGCCGACACUUGUUGCUACGGAAACAAAACAAAGAAGCCCUGAUGUUCUUACAGAAUUCACUGGCGCUGCGGCCAGCUUCUCCCAUUGCCAGGUGUUAUGUUGGUCUAGCUCUUCUAGAGCAAGAAAAUGGUCCUGGAGGAAGAGUACAAGAAGUAAUCCUUUACCUCCAGCAAGGCCUAGAGGAUUUCAUCCACAAGCUUGCCACACAGGAGAGUUCAUCUCUUCUGGCUGAGAAUCCCUCGUGUCCCCUCAAUGCUCAGUUACUCCAGGGGUUUAUACACUUUGGAAAAGUCCUGAAGAACCUUCCUGUAAAGCCUUCUGCCUCCUUCAUGACUCCACAGCAGGUUCUCCACCUUGUUGCAGAUUGGGCUGCAAGAGCCUUGUGCCAGUGUCUGCAUAGAGGAGCCGUCACUCAGGACCUGGAAUGGGCUCUGCUGGAAGCUUGCUCUGGUCUUCUAGAGUUCUUGGUUGAAGAAGCUUCUGCCAAAGAAGACUGGAUUCAGAAAAGAUGUCAGGCAGUGUCUGCCCUGAUACGGCUAACUUCCAUUCCUGGAUGUAAGAAGCUCUUAGACCUGCAGGAAAAGGUCUGCCAGCUUGGCGUUCUCUCCACACCAUGUAACAGCAAUGCUUUGUACCUGCUGGGUAAUGCACAACUCGCCCGGUAUGAUGACGGACCGUCCUCAGAAGAAGGACAACUUGCUCUUCAGAAUUCAAAGCUCAGCUUUCAAGCCAGUAUACGCCUGGAGAAUAAGCCAACAAGAGGAUCACCUCCGGAAGAAUUAACUUCUCAGAAGUGGUGGCAGGAGGCGAAGGCGUCACAAGAAUCAAAAAGACAGAAGCAGGCGACUCAGGCUCCUACUGGUAAAGACGCAGCUUCUGUGCCCAUUUCUAAAGGCAAAGGAGUCGAUCAAGUGCCAAAAGUACCAGGCACUUCAUCCAGAACUUGCCCUCCGUCUAAGAGAGGAGGUACCACUACAUCUGGAACGACUCUACCACCUGGAGGAAGCCACAUCAGCUCUAUUAAGUCUGGACCGGUCAGCAGUAAAAUGGUUAAACCAGGAACAACCAGCACUAAAACUGGUACAACUGGAGUGAGCCAAAGAACACUUACUCCUGCAGGAACCAAUACAAAGCCAGCAACCACCGUGGCUGCAAGAGGGCGAGGUGGAGCUGCAUUGUCUAAGAACCUCUCGGUAACCACAUCCAGGCCUCAGGCAGGCAAUGGCUGUGGAUCCGUAAAACCUGCAGACCCGUCAGCACCUUCCCAUGAAAGCUCAGCUACUGAAGAACAAGCUUAUGGCCCUGUAUUGGUUAACAGCAGCUCCUUCCUGCACCGCUUGGGGUUAGCGCGCACUCUCUCACGUACCAAUGAAACUCUACCGGAUGCUGCAGAUUUAUUUUGUGAAGUCAUUAAAAUGGCUCCAGAGGUUCCUGAUGCUUACACCGAGCUGGCCGAGCUUCUGGUAAGGACUGACCCAUCUGGUGCAGUAGAUGUCUAUUCCCAGUACCCUCAAAAACCAUCCCAACAACAGUCAUUUGAUGAUGCCUUCAUCCCUGGGGAAAUUGUACGCCUGCUCAUGAAAAGUGAAAAGUACGAUGACCCUCGUCUGCCUGUCAACAUGAUUUCUUAUGGGAAAGUUAUGGGAAUUGGUUCUCUGGAGAAGUAUAUAACUAUUCUAGAGGCAAAGUUCAAAACAUCCAUUCUCAAGAUGGUCUACGCCGGCAUUCACAAUAAGUCGGAGGAUGACGGAGAUCUGCAAGAUUUCUUCCGUUUUAAAUGCUGGAUAUGA